GAGCCGCAGGAGAAGGCGGGAGGCGGCAGCAGGGUGGGAGUGAGGGGGACGCCGGCCGCCUCUCCGAUUGGCUGCGCCGCCGACCCCUCCCGCUCCACGGCCCCUGCCGAGCGCCCAGCAGUUCCCUCCCGCGGCUAGCGAGCUGGGUCCCGCAAGAGCGAAGGACGCGCAGGGGCGGGACCGACCUCCCCGCCCCACCGGACCCCGGGCGCGCGGGGAUAAAACCCCGGCGGCGGGCGCGGGAACAUCGGGCCCUGGGGCCUCCAGAGCGCGGAGGAGUAGGGUCGGCCCGACCCGCUGCCCGCGGCCCCCCUUCUCGGACGCGGCUGCGGGAGCGGGGCGCCCCGCGCGCGGGCACACGGUGGCCAGAGCGCCGAGGCGGUACCUUCAGCGGUGCAAUGAGAAGAGCCCGGGAGAACCAAGUGGAGUCCGCGGAGAGGAUUGCUGCGCCCGGGCUUGCUGCUGCCGCCGCGGCUGCUUGAAACUCCCCAAAGUUGAGAGACAGCGAGAGGCUGCCUCCCGCCGGGAGCAGGAGGGAAAGGAACUCUCAAGGUGCCAGAGUGACAGAGACGGACAAACAGACUCACAGACCUUUAGAAAACACCGCCGUCGGUGUCCUAUCUCCGCAGCCCGUGAGGCUUCCCAGCUCUGUUGACUGGUGGGAGGCUGAACUGGAGAAAAAGGGUCCUGGAAAAGACGCAGAGGCGACCAUGUCUUUACGUUUACGUACACUGCCCACCCUGCCUGGAGUUGUCAGACCGGGUUGCAGAGAACUGCUGUGUUUGCUGGUGAUCACAGUGACUGUGAGCCCUGGUGCCUCUGGGGUGUGCCCCACCGCUUGCAUUUGUGCCACUGAUAUUGUCAGCUGCACCAACAAAAAUCUGUCCAAGGUGCCCGGGAACCUUUUCAGACUGAUUAAGAGACUGGAUCUCAGCUAUAACAGAAUUGGGCUUCUGGAUUCUGAGUGGAUUCCAGUAUCGUUUGUCAAGCUGAACACCCUAAUUAUUCGUCAUAACAACAUCACCAGCAUUUCCACAGGCAGUUUUUCCACGACUCCAAAUCUGAAGUGUCUCGACUUAUCAUCCAAUAAGCUGAAGACGGUGAAAAGCGCAGUGUUCCAAGAGUUGAAGGUUCUGGAAGUGCUCCUGCUUUACAAUAAUCACAUUUCCUAUCUUGAUCCUUCAGCGUUUGGAGGGCUUUCCCAAUUGCAAAAACUCUACUUAAGUGGAAACUUUCUUACGCAGUUUCCUAUGGAUUUGUAUGUUGGAAGGUUCAAGCUGGCAGAACUGAUGUUUUUAGAUGUUUCUUAUAACCGGAUCCCUUCCAUUCCAAUGCAUCAUAUAAAUUUAGUGCCAGGAAAACAGCUAAGAGGCAUCUACCUUCACGGAAACCCAUUUAUCUGUGACUGUUCCCUAUACUCAUUGUUGAUCUUUUGGUAUCGUAGGCACUUUAGUUCAGUGAUGGAUUUUAAAAAUGAUUACACCUGUCGCCUGUGGUCUGACUCCAAGCACUCCCAUCAGUUGCUUCUGCUUCAGGAUAACUUUAUGAAUUGCUCUGACAGUGUCAUCAAUGGUUCCUUCCGUGCACUUGGCUUUGUUCAUGAGGCUCAGGUUGGGGAAAGACUGAUUGUGCAUUGUGACAGCAAGACUAGUAGUGGAAAUACAGAUUUCAUCUGGGUUGGUCCAGAUAACAGACUGCUGGAACCGGAUAAAGAGGUGGAAAACUUUCACGUGUUUUACAAUGGAAGUCUAGUUAUAGAAAGUCCUCGUUUUGAGGAUGCUGGAGUAUAUUCCUGUAUUGCAAUGAAUAGGCAACGCCUGUUAAAUGAGACUGUGGAUGUCACAAUAAACGUGAGCAAUUUCACUGUAAACAGAUCCCAUGCUCAUGAGGCAUUUAACACAGCUUUUACCACGCUUGCCGCCUGUGUGGCCAGUAUCAUUUUGGUACUCUUGUACCUCUAUCUGACACCGUGUCCCUGUAAGUGUAAAACCAAGAGACAGAAAAAUAUGCUAAACCAAAGCAAUGCCCAUUCAUCUAUUCUCAGUCCCGGCCCUGCCAAUGACGCCUCUGCUGAUGAACGGAAGGCAGGUGCAGGUAGAAGAGUGGUGUUUCUGGAGCCUCUGAAGGACGCUGCAGCAGGGCAGAAUGGGAAAGUCAGGCGCUUUCCCAGUGAGGCAGUGAUAGCUGAGGGCAUAUUAAAGUCCACCAGGGUGAAAUCUGACUCAGAUUCAGUCAAUUCAGUGUUCUCAGACACACCCUUCGUGGCAUCUUCUUAAUCGUGUGCCUGUAUUUGUAUGAUGUCAUAAUUAAUCUCUCCAUAUUUAACUUUGUGUGGUCUCCAAAAUAAUAAUAGGGCAGAAAUUGUGGGAGUUCUUUUGUUUGUUUAUUUGUAGUUUGUUUUUUGAGAUAAAACCAAAUAAACAGUCUAUUGAAAUGGUUGUUAGGAAAUGAGAUAAAGCACUUUGGUUCCCCAAGGUGCCAGAGAAAGAUGGGGCUGUUUUUCAAAGGCUCAAGUUCCAGAUAAUAAUAUCUCAAUCACUGAUACUGCCAAAGCCAGCCCAAAGGUGAUAUGACUGCUAUUAUUCCUUUAUGCAGGACUCUUAAAAGAAAAAAACAAACUGCAUGUAUUAGUGCUCCUUAAAAAACAGACUUUGCUAACUUAUUAGGACCAAAGUUGAGUUAUUUUUAAAGAAAAGCAUUAGUGUCCUUUAUUUUUCAAAAGAUAUAAAAGAAUCAAGCAGCAGUGGUUUAUAAAGCAUAAAGUUAGAUUUGGCAAGUAGCCAGAAUCAUUUCAGACCAGUGUGAACUGCACUGAUAGAAUUUACUGGAUAAUGCCAUAUUUUCUACAGUGUUAAAUAAGUAGUGCAAGGAAGGUACAUUUGUUUGUCUUCUUUCCAUUCUGUACAUUCUCUCCAUUCUGUAUCCUUGUAUAAAGGAUCUCACUGAAAAUUUAAAGUCAUCAUUAUUUGUUGCCAAGAAUAUGUGUCAAUACCAAAAUGUCAGAGUAACUUCUUAAAACUUUGUUCUUGCAGACUAAUAUUUGUUCAUAUGCUUGUGUAUAUGUAAAUCUUAAAUUAUAUAAACUAUUAAAUAGACCCUACUGUAUUGUGCUUUGGACAUUUAAAUUAAUGUAAAUAUAUGUAUUCCGUGACAUGAUGUUUUGUCUUAAUUGGCUAUUUAAAAACAUAAAUCUAAGAUGUUUUAUGUGAUCUGAUUGUGCUAUUUUGUGCAAAACACCACCAAUAGCAAAUCCCUCUCCAAAAUUCUUGUAGUUAUAGAAAAUUCAUCUUUUGGAGGGACAAAAUGCUUUAAUGUGUUCUGGACCAAUUUGUGCUUUCUAUAUCACAUUUUACUCUGAUAUCAUUAUGUACUUCAAUCAGGUGUGGAAGACACUUGAGUUUCAAUUUUGCCACAAAUGAGAACUGGGAGAUCUCCUUAUUAUUUCCAUUUCUGCCUUGAGGUAAUCAAGUACCUUCUCUGGAUCAAGGUUUUCUCAACUGUAAAAUGAAGGUCUUGGACCAAAUGAUGUUUACGUUUUCUUCCCACACUGAAAUCUAUAACUUCCUGGUGGUCUUAGCUCCAUCCUGUGCUUACACAGGCUUUCUGAAACUGGGAUCUCUGAAAAUGAAUGGAUUAAGAUAGUCUAGCGUAGUACUGUAAACUUGGAGGAACAGUCCCAGAUCAUCAGUUCUAGCUCCUUCCCCUUUCUCCAGCAUAACUGAGGCCCAGAGAGGGCUGCAAGUUGUCUUAAGGUAGAAUGAUGAACUAGUGUCAGGAAUAGAAGAGUUUUAGCACUCUCCAUAGCAGAUAAGAGGGCCAAAAGAUCAGUUACCUUGAACAGCGAUGAGCAUGGAGAAGAAGCCAAGAAAUAGACACAAGUGUGAUCAAAGGCAAAGAAAAGUCAAGAAUGCAUUGUCCUGGGGCUAAGAUUUUUAAGCAGUGGGAGUGGGUGACAGUGACACACAUGGCAGAGUAGAUGAGGGUAAAAGAUGAACCACUGCUUUGGCAAUGAAAGGAUUCUGGGAGCAGUGUCAGUAGUAAUCGUGGACAUGGGGAGCGCUCCCUGUGUGUGCCCUGCUUGGCUUUCUGUGACUGACUCUGGUCCACAGAGGGUUAAGGAGAAAGUGUCCAAGAAGUGCCCCUUUAGGAACAGGAUAGGAAACUAUUGCUCAGUAGCACUGAAAAUCCCUUAUUGCAUGGUGUUAACAACUAUUGACUGUUGUUAAAAGUUAUUGCUCCUGCCUCUAAAAUACCAACCUCACCCUUCAGAAGAUCCUGAAGAGCCAGAUGUUACCAGAAGUAUUUUAUUCUAGUUACUGCCAUUUAAGUAAUUAGGAAGAGUUCUAUGAUUUGUGUGACCUUAGAAAUCAUCUCUUCUACCUUCACAUUUAGAGAAACCCAAACUCAUGAGAUGCUGUGAUUGGUUUAUGAUCAUACAGCUAGCCUGGACACAAGGAAAAACUUAAACCGCUAAAGCCGUUGGGUAACAGAAAAGGCUGAGCACUUGAACUUUGGGGGUGUGAUAAGAGGCAGGACCACCACCUAGUGAGGAAGUUGCAGAGAUCUUUUCUGGGUGAGAUCUUUAAGGUCCUCCUAGCCUUGUACUGAGGAAAUAAGUUGCAUUUGGCAGGGAGAUAUGGAUAGUGUUAGAGCUCAAUCAUGGCUAAUCCUAAUACGAACACAGUUUAAAGUUAAGGAUGAGCUGAGAUAGAAAUCAAACACAAUCAAAACAAAACAGAAAAGACCCUGAAUACUGAAAACAAAGCUAUGCUUUGAGUAAAAACAGAAUGAUGUGAUAAAAAAGUAUGGAACUGAAUGUUAUGAUGUGGAAUUAUUAGCUCUUAGAUGUAUCGAUUUUUUUUUAGCAGAAGCCUGAUCUCAUGUAUUUAAAUAUAGGAACAAAAUUAAUUUAUGCUUUAUAAAUUUGUCUCACUCAAAAACUUUUAUGUAAUUUUUCUUCUGAGUACUAAUCUGGAUUUAUAUAACUGGGUUGUUCUUUAAGCUACUCAGUAUUGUUCAUUUUGUUGUGGUGAGAGGUGGGGACUUAUUGGAGAAAUUAACUAUCACAGAAGUGAAGUUUUCCCAGGCUUAGCAUAUUUUUUCACUAUAUUGAAGUUACUGGGUCCACUAUUUUCUCAUGUUUAUAAUUAAUUGUGAGUUCGAUUUUUAAAAUUCACCUUUAAGAUUUAUAGUCCGAAAGAAUGGCCUAAAAGAUUUUCUUAUUUAUACUCAAAUUCUGUAUUAGUCCUCACUGCUGGAUUAGACGCAUUUUAGCAUAUUUAUUUUUAAUUUUAAUUGUUUGAAUUAUUACUUGCACAGAAAAUGGUGUUUAUUUUUCUAAAUAAACAUUUUUCUAAAACGUUAACCAGAAAGGGACAUAGGUGAAACUUCUGGGGGUGGAAACAUAAGAGGAACAGGCAGACACCCUCUGUCCAAAUUCCAGAAAGACAUUCAAUUUGGAUCACCCUGCUAAGCACUGGUAAAACAGAAUACACCCUGACAUCCUCCAUCAUCACUGGCUUUCCUUUGCCAUAACUGCUGCCUGAUUUUUGCCACCUUUCAGUGUCAUCUGGUUUAUGGAAUGAAUAACAGUAGCUCCAAAAACAGCCUUCUCAAUAGAAUCUCAGGGGAAAAUGUAAUAAACAAGGGUUUCCAGCAGCUACCCCUCCGUACACUCCUACCAGAGACUCUGCUUCAGGGAGUUUGGGGUAGUAUGUGCCUUUGGUAUUUUUUAAAAAUUAAUUUGCCAUGUAAUUCUGAUUUUACCUAUUUUGAUGAAACAUAUCCUGAAAUGGGACCAUAGCAAAUCUUGUGUUUGAUGCUAUGGCAAAACACAUUAUUCUUUCUUGCUAAUAGAUUUAUUAAUAGAAAGAAUAUUCUAGUCCUCUAAAAAGUUCUUUAUAUAUUUUAAAAACCCAAAUAAAUAACCCAAGAGUUUGGGUCACUGAUACUAAAUGCACUUUAGAGUAUAUUGUUGUCUCUAAUUUCUGAUUUAUAUUUUUCUAAAUUAUGAAAUCUAAAAUUACUUUGAGAUGACUAAAGCCCUGAUUCUCUCAUUUUUUAAAGCUAUUUUUAGUUUGAAAGCAGCUACAACAGAUCAGAUUUUGUAACAAUGAGCUUUGAAGCUUUCAAAUUUGAUUAGAUCAUAGUAAAGUGAAGUUAUAUCCCAAGGAUAUUUGAGAGCAGAUUUCAUCUACAGAGAACCAAACGUCUUUGUUUUCCAGUGGGUAGUAGAAAAAUAUUUUUUAAGGAAGCAUUAAAAUUCUUUUCAUGAUUCUUUCAUCUCUCCCUGCUCAAGAGCCAAUCCCCAAACCCAUGUUUCUUAUUUAUUAUAAUAUGAAAGUUAGUGUGGAAAGAUGAUGAUUUAUUUGCCUUUGUAAUCAUUAUUGGAUGAUAAGAUAUAAAAAGAACUAAAAGCCCUUAUAACAAUUUCUUGAAUAAUUUAGAGGAUUGCUUAAGGGGCACUGUUGCAUGUGGAUAGAUUUCAAGGAAGGGAGCCCUUUUUAUAAUAAGGACCAGAGUAAACAACACAGAUAAACAGACAGUAAGUUGUAAAACGUGUGCAUGAUCUUCAUGCUGGCUUUAAAUUCUUAAGCAGAGGUAGCAUUUAUUUGUUUUUUUAUUCUUCAUCACAGAAACCUUGAAAGAUGGGAAAUAUUAUCUUGUUGCAGCUGGAAAAAGAAACUCAAAAAAGAAAAAUAAUUCUUUCAAGUGACUUAGUUAAUAAGCUGUUUUUAUUGUGAUAAUCAUUUAAAAAUAUCUCUUCACAACACUCACAUAGGUGUUUUGCCAAUAGAAUGGCUUUUUAAGGCCUGAGUCAUAGAUGAACUUUCUAUAAAUGUGAGAAUAUGAAUGAAUGAAUGCUCACAGCCUUCUCUGGGGGAGAAGAGAAACAGAAAGUCAGGAGAUCCUAAGUCAUAAUAAAGAGUGACAUUAUUUUGUUUCCUUGUAAAAUAUGAUGCAUUGUAAGUGGCAAAAUUGGGAACCUAUCUAGGGAGGUGUGAAUUUGGUAGACUGGCCUCCUCCAGUC